AUGAGUGAAGGCGAGAAGGUCCGCGCCUCUGGCGAGACUCCCCGGGAGCAGUCUUUGCCUACUGUCAACCCCGCCACCGAGAAGGAGCAGCCCAGCGCCUCCUUCCACCCCGCGGUCUACGUGACGACGUGGAUUACUCUGAGUUCCGCGGUUAUCUUGUUCAACAAAUGGCUCCUCCACAAGAAGCAAUUCAGCUACCCCAUCAUCCUUACAACAUGGCACCUGACCUUCGCUACCAUUAUGACCCAGAUCCUCGCUCGCACGACCACGGUGUUGGAUGGCCGCAAGAAGGUCAAGAUGACCGGCCGUGUCUACCUCCGCGCGAUUGUCCCCAUCGGUGUGAUGUUCAGUCUGAGCUUGAUCUGCGGUAACAUGACAUACCUGUACUUGAGUGUUUCCUUCAUUCAGAUGCUGAAGGCCACUACCCCCGUUGCGGUGCUGCUGGCAACCUGGGGUAUGGGCUUGGCCCCGGCCAACAUGAAGGUGCUGGGCAACGUCUCCAUCAUCGUCAUUGGUGUCGUCAUUGCCUCCAUUGGUGAGCUUCAGUUCAACCUGGUCGGUUUCCUCUACCAGCUGGGUGGUAUUGUCUUCGAGGCUACCCGCCUGGUCAUGGUGCAGGGUCUUUUGAGCUCCGCGGAUUUCAAGAUGGACCCCAUGGUCUCUCUGUACUACUUUGCCCCCAUCUGUGCCGUUCUUAACGGUGCCGUGGCCCUCUUCCUUGAGAUCCCCAAGGUCACCAUGGCGGAAAUUUAUGCCGUCGGUGUUCCCAUCUUGAUCCUCAACGCUGUUAUUGCCUUCUUGCUGAACGUCUCCGUUGUCUUCUUGAUUGGCAAGACCUCUUCUCUCGUUAUGACCCUGUGCGGUGUCCUUAAGGAUAUCCUGUUGGUUGCUGCCUCGAUCAUGUUCUUCCACGAUCCCGUCUCCGGACAGCAGUUCUUCGGUUACUCCAUCGCCCUUGGAGGUCUUGUCUGGUACAAGCUUGGCGGUGACAAGAUGCGCGAGUACACCUCCGGUGCUUCUCGUGCCUGGGCUGAGUACGGCAACAACAAGCCCGCCCAGCGCCGCUUUGUGGUCAUUGGUGCCGCUCUCCUUGUCUUCUUCCUUUUCGUUGGAUCCAUGCGUCCCAACAACACCAUUGACGGCUAUGGUCGUGUCAAGAGCUACCUCGGUGGUGCUUCCUCUGGCAAUGCUUAA